AUCGCACAGUCGUCGAGCGAUCUCGAUAGCGUUCGCUUCGAAGAGGAAAUUUGGAUCGUUUGAUGAUAAACGAGGGAAACUAAACCGCGCUGCGACUACGCGAGUGAUAUUCGUGACCAUCAUGGAUCGAUCGGUGAUCGUUUACGCGAUAUUUCUCGCCCUGGCCGCGACCAUAAGCUGCAAGAGCCUUGGAAGCAGCAAAGAAGAUACAACCGACGCAAGCACCGCAACAAUUCCAAAUGGUCCCCCAACGAUCCCCGAAUCGUCCUCGGAAGAAAAUUUGUCAUCAGACAAUGACAAAAGGAUGCGCAGAAGCGGGGGAAUAGACUGCUCGUCCCAGAAGCUUCAAAAAACCAAACGCUGUAAAUCUCUGUUACUUGGAGAUCCGCAGAGCCAACUAGUCUCUCAAAAAUCUCCAAAUGCAGCUUUAAAACAGGACACAGUGCAGGAUCGUCUAUUGGCAAUGGCCAGAAGCCUGCGGGACAAGCUGAAGACUAGAGACUACAUCGUGGGAGCAGCUCCCGAUCGUUUUCCAUCGAGAACCAAGGUAAUUGACAACGACGACUACGUUUGUUACUGUCGGGAGAAGAGUAAUCCACUUUCGCGGAAAGACGGACUGUCUCGACAGCCGCUGACAGAGAAGACUAAAUCUGAGAGGAGGAACGAUAUCAAAAAGAUGCUGCCCGGCGAGAGCAGGCUGCAGCAAAGACCGCUCUACCAGCAUCAGCCGUAUCCGUACGAAGGCUUUCAUCAAUAUUUGCCCAACCUGCUGCCCGGAAAAAUGAAUCCGAUUCCACAUGCAGGGAAUCAUGGCCAACUAUCGUACCUGCCCUAUAUCUAUCACAUCAAUCCCUCGACGCUGCCAAUCGCGAAUCAAGGCCACAGCCCAACGAGGAUCAGCGUGCCGUUCAGGCCAUUCGCCGGCAAACACGACUCUGUGGUUGGGCAACGUACACCCGACUCCUCUCGGAAUCAACAAACUCUUGUGCAACGACCCAGUCCUCCCAAGCAUUCGCCCACUCGGCAAAGAAAUUCCACAGCGUCAUCGAAAACGACCAAGACUGUCGACGGGGCACAAACUGGUCCGAGGAAAACGCCCGGAAACUUCAAUUACGAUUUGCAAUCUGUGAAACAAUCUCCCAAGCACACACCAAGCAAAACGGUACCAGCAUCCAACGGUAAUGCUCUUGUGGGAGCUGCUGAGCCCGAGGACAAAUCUGAAACAGGAAGUGAGACGACUGAUUACUCUGGUAUCGAGGAAGUGACCAGCAUACAGUUCACGUCGGAGGUUUACGACGAUGAUUUACACGACAACGAACCUGAUUUGGGUACAACCGAUACGUCUAUUCCUGAUUUAACGACGACCGUGGAGGAUACCUUGAUAGAUCCUGUGGAAAAUCCUCUGAAGGAUGAUUCAGGAGUAGCUAACACCGAGGAUGUUGUGGUAGGCAAGAGCAAUCCUUCUUGGAAAUACUGCGUGCCUGAUUCAAAGAUGAACUUGAAGAGUACCUUGGAGAGUACCUUGGAGAGUUCCACGGAAGAUCCUCUACAAGAUGAUACGGGGCUAGCUAACAAGGAAGAUGUUUCAGAUCCUUUGGGACAGUCCUCGAUCGAUGACCCAAGCAAGGAUCCAGCGUCGAAGAACGGCGAGGAUUCCAAUCUUGAUGACUUCGAGCGUGGUCCAGGCUUCGAACAGACAACGGCGUUAAUCUCGGAGGGUUUAACGGACGAGAACGUCGCAGCGGGGAAUAUCAAUCAGUACGUCACUCCCGGAGGAUUUUUCACAGAAGAUUACUCGGCGGAUAACGGCAGCCCAUUAAAGGACGAUCACGAGCGGGACAAUUUGAAUUCGGAGGAGCCCGGCUCGAAGGAUCGGGAAGAAGGUAACGAUUCUUCGAUGGACAAGCAGUCCCCGGACGAUGUUACCCAGAGGAAUAACGAGGAUUUGGUAAAUGGGAACGAGGAGCAGGUCGGCGCGGCGGAUCCUGGAGCAACGACGGAGCGAGGGUUGCCGUUCUGCGACAAUUCGCUGCUGCAGAAGUCGAUUAAGGCGGUAAUUAAUAACUUCGCAACCGGGAACUCGGCUGAAACCGUCGGAAGCAGCGAGUUGCUUGGCUCUGCGAAGGAUGAUUUAAUGAAGGAAAUCCUGGACGUUCCGAACCUGAAAGGUAUUUUGUCCUUGCCACCGCUGGAGCGUACGGUCCUGGACAACGUGAAGAAUCUACUGGCUGGGGUGACCGGCGUGCCAAGGAGCAAAUUCGACGAAGAAUGGCCUACCAGCGUGAUCAGGGAUAAUUUGCACCAAUCGCUGGAUGUUGCACCUGCCACGAACACGCAGCUUCCAGCGAAUACCGUUAAAGAAAGACAAUUCAAGAAUGGAAAGUGGAUUACCAGCAUCGUUACAUUGGCGCCGACGUCGGUCGAUGGAGAAGGGGAUCUUGAUGAUGCUGAGAAACUGCGAGCCUCCAUCAAGGACCUCCUCAGGGAUCCUGCAGUCAGCAUGGAGGCUGCGAAACACCCUGCUGUGCAGAACAUGAUCGUCCAGAGCAUGCGGAACAGCUUCCAGAACUCAAGCAGCGACUUGAUCCAGGCUAUCCUCGGCAACGAGGUGAGUCUGAUGGAGAUGGAGACCACAGAAACGGCCACAACUGACAGCGCCGUAGAACAAACGCAGGCAGGCGAUCUUCAAAACGUCGACAUGAAUGAAUUGUUAAAGAUCGCAGAAGGAGAAGCAGGCAUCGCCGAAUCUGGGUCAACGACGACCCAGAACGGACCCCUAGGGAGCUCUACAGUAAACUACAAGGACACAGCAGUUGGAUAUGUCUCGAGUGCCCAAAAGGAUGCUCAAACAGAACUGCCGGACGAUAUUUCUAAUGAAGAGGAGGGCUCCUUGGAACUGCCAGAGAAUAAAGAAGAAGAAAGCUUGGUAGAAAAGUCAACAGAGUCACUGGGUCCAUAUUCAGAUGCAAAAGAAUCCAUCACAGAGUCUCUUGCCGACCUCGUUGGAGCAACGGAUGAUCCCAGGAUCGCAGAAAACCUCGAAGAGCCGUCUACUUCUUCAGAUACCGAGCUACCUUCACCCAUGACAGACUUACCACUGGUUGAAGAAGGUAUGGAGACAUUAAACCCAGAAGUUGGAGAAGAAAGGAGAGAAGAAUCAGUCACGGAAAACCCCUGUGGAGUUGUUGCUUCGAGGAAAAGAAUCACGGAUGAGUCUUUAGUUCCAGAAGAGGAUGAUGUCGUCUUCUCGACGACGCCCUUCGUGCUAGAUGAUGCUGAGAGUACGGAGGAGGUAGUGGGUGGGCCAAGAAGCGAGGUAGAUUCCCCUGAUUACACGUACUUUGGCAAGAUAACCGUGAAGAAGAACAAUGACGACGUGGAGAGUCUUCGGAAUUCUGAGUUGUUUUAUGUCGGGGAUGGUGUCAAGCUGCCGUUGGAGAUCAGGAAGCAGAGCGACGGAUCCUACGCGUUGUCUAUCUCCAGGAAGGUCUGUGAACACCUGCUGAAUAAAGAAUGUCCUUGCUGCGUGCCCACGAACGGCAACGUCGUUCGCACCCCGAGGAAACAACCGGAAAUGAAGGAUGAGGAGGGAAAGAAGAAAAUCAAGAAACGCGAAUCGAUUUCAGUGGGAGAAACAGAGCACGGUUCGGCUGACGACAGCUUGCAGAUCUCAAUGCCCGUGGAAACUUUCGCGAAGAGAUACAAUCUGUCGCUGAACUUGGAAAAAGUGCAAGCUCCGUGGAAUUUCGGUGGGAAGAUCGACGAGCCGGCGAAAAAUCGAGCCAGCUAUUUUAGUAAGAAAGAAUUCGUCGAGGGGAAUCUAAGAAGCUUGCUGGCUGUCCAUGGAGACCAGGAUGCAACGGAAUAUGAUUCUUAUGACAACAGCGACGAGAUUAAUAAUAAAUACCGACGACAGAGGUACAGGAAGUUUGAUAAAUACAGGUACGAGAGGAACAUUGACGAAAAGGUGAACGAACGUGUGGCGAUUGUCACGGAUGUAUUGAACUGGCUGAGGGAUAUGAUCUUGGCCAAUAAUCCUUGGGCCUAGAUCUCCUAUAUGCUUUUUUUAUAGUUUUUUUGAUGAACUGUAAGUUAAUGUAUUUUGUAUUUUAAUAGUUUUUGUACUGUGAGACGUUUGAGGAAACAAUUGUUGUGUGUAACAUCGAGUUUGAAUAAAGGAAUAAAUAUAGUA